AAGUCCCCACCCCUGCUCUCGACGGGAACGCGCCUCCUAUGACACACUCUACUACGAACGCAGUCAACACGCACGGACGGACUGACCCAGCUUUGCCAGGCGCACAGUCGAAAUUCCAGGCAGGAAGUUGUGUUCUGGGACUUGGCGGAGAAAACAACCACUUGAUCUUACAUGCGGGGAGGAUUUACAAGAAGAAACGUGUUGAAGAGCGGCACUUGAGUGGAAUACGUUAUACGUUACUGGAGGGAAUAUGGACUAAUGUUGGUUGCGCUCGAUGGAGGCGGCGAGAACUUUAGUGCUUCUCUGGGUUCUGAUUUUUGGAGUUCCGCGAACGGCUGCCAAAGUAUGUCUGGGCACAGAUAUGAAGACGUCUCUGCUGUCCAGUCAGGAGAAUCACUAUAAGAUACUCAGGCAGCUCUACACCAACUGCCGCAUCGUCCACGGCAACCUGGAGAUCACACAUCUGCGUGGCAACCCAGACCUCUCCUUCCUCCAGAAUAUCGUGGAAGUGCAGGGCUAUGUGCUAGUGUAUAACGUGUCAGUGGGUGUGAUUCCUCUGGAGAAUCUACGCAUCAUCCGAGGCAGUCAGCUCUUCAACACCAGCUACUCACUGGCCGUCCUGGAGAACACCCUACUCAUCCAACUGAAUCUGCGCAGCCUCACAGAGAUCCUGUUGGGUGGCGUUGACAUCCAGAGGAACCCGAACCUCUGCUACCCCGACCCCGGCCUCAUAGAUUGGGACGACACCCUGGACACAAAGAACAAGUACAGAACAUUGCGACACCUGCAGCCAGUGCCAGCAACCAGCUGUCCAGGCUGUGCCUCCAGUUGUGGACCAAAAGGAUGCUGGGGAAGCACGGAAAAUGACUGCCAAAUAUUAACUCAUGUGCAUUGUCAGGGUUGUCCGCGUUGUAAAGGUGAUAGGUCUAGUGACUGUUGCCACAUACAGUGUGCUGCUGGCUGUACUGGGCCCAGAGACACAGACUGCUUUGUGUGUCGUCACUUUAACAACAAUGGCACCUGUAGGGAGAGCUGCCCCCCUCCCACCAUCUAUGACCCCAAUACCUACCAGUCCAAGCCCAACCCAAACAAGAGGCUCAACUUCGGUGCCACCUGCGUCAAGACCUGCCCAUAUAACUAUCUAGCCAUGGAUGUGGCCUGCACACUCUAUUGCCCCCAGGACAACCAGGAAGUUAUCAUUCCACAGCCGGGUGGUCCAGAGAUACAGAAAUGUGAAAAAUGUGAAAACUGCCACAAAGUGUGCCAGGGGCUGGGUAUGGGCUCUCUUCAGGGGGUGUCUGCUGUGAACUCCUCCAACAUCGACCUCUUCCUUAACUGCAAGAAAAUCUACGGCAGCCUGUCCUUCCUCAGCCAGUCUUUCCAGGGAGACCCAGGGUCCAAUCUGUCAGGCCUUCUCCCAGCCCAGCUGGAGGUGUUCAGGAAUCUAGAGGAGAUCACAGGAUAUUUGUACAUCGAGGACUGGCCAGCAAAUAUGCAAAAUCUGAGUGUGUUUGAGAAUCUGAAAUUGAUCCGAGGAAGGAUGCUUUACAAGAGUGUGCUAUCUCUGGGGGUCCAGUCGCUGCACAUUGAGUCUCUGGGUUUGCGUUCGCUCGAGCGCAUCAACGGUGGCCUGGUCCUGAUCUCCGAUAACCCCCAGCUGUGCUACACGCACUCCGUGCCCUGGAACGCCAUCCUCACACCCGUGCAGAGCAGCAUCGCCAGCAUCAUCAGCAACGGCAAUAGAGAUCUGCAGACCUGUGAGGCGGAGGGUCACGUCUGCCAUCCCCUGUGUGGCACAGGAGGGUGCUGGGGCUCAGGCCCGGACCAGUGUGUGGAGUGUGUGUCGUUUCAGCGCGGGACGGAGUGUGUCGAGGAGUGUAACAUCCUGGAGGGGUCUGUGCGAGAGUUUACUGACGGCAGUCGCUGUGUUCCCUGUCACUCAGAAUGUCAACCAAUCAACGGCUCAGCUUCCUGUGAUGGACCGGGGGCACAACAGUGCAGGGAGUGCCUGACCGUGCAGGACGGCGCCAUGUGUGUGAGCAAGUGCCCCAGUGGCACAAAGGAGGAGCAGCACACCGUGUGGAAGUUCCCCAACGCCACGGGCCACUGCCAGUCCUGCAACACCAACUGCACCCUGUCGUGUCCACUGGAUGAACGUGGCUGUCCCAUCGCAAUCAAAUCAGGGUCCGGCACGUCUAUCGCGGCGGCAGUGGGUGGUGUACUGCUCUUUAUCAUCCUCCUGGGGCUGAUGGUGUUCUACAUGCGCCGCCAGAGGCACCUGAAGAGGAAGGAGAACAGGAGGAGGAUCAUGCAGGAGCACGAGCUGGUGGAGCCACUGACCCCGAGCGGAGCCACGCCCAACCAGGCCCAGAUGCGCAUCCUCAAGGAGACAGAGCUCAAGAAGCUCCGUGUUCUCGGAUCUGGAGCCUUCGGAACUGUCUACAAGGGUAUCUGGGCCCCAGAUGGAGAGAGUGUGAAGAUCCCAGUGGCCAUAAAGGUUUUACGUGAGAACACCUCACCCAAGGCAAACAAAGAGAUCCUGGAUGAGGCGUAUGUGAUGGCGGGUGUUGCCAGCCCGUACGUGUGCCGUCUGCUGGGCAUCUGCCUGACGUCCACCGUGCAGUUGGUCACGCAGCUCAUGCCCUACGGCUGCCUGCUCGACUACGUGCGCGAGAACAACGAGUGCAUCGGCUCGCAGUCACUCCUCACCUGGUGUGUGCAGAUCGCCAAGGGCAUGAGUUACCUGGAGAAUGAGAGACUCGUACAUCGUGACCUGGCAGCCCGGAACGUUCUAGUGAAGAACCCCUCCAUCGUAAAGAUCACCGAUUUUGGACUGGCCAGAUUGCUGGACAUUGAUGAGACAGAGUAUCAUGCAGAUGGAGGAAAGGUGCCCAUUAAGUGGAUGGCCUUGGAGUCCAUCCUCCACCGGAAAUUUACUCAUCAGAGUGACGUCUGGAGUUACGGCGUGACAGUGUGGGAGCUGAUGACUUUCGGAGCGAAGCCCUAUGACCAUAUUCCAGCACGGGACAUCCCUGAGCUGCUGGAGGGAGGAGACCGGCUCCCCCAGCCCCCCAUCUGCACCAAGGAGCUCUACAUGAUCAUGGUCAACUGCUGGAAGAUUGACCCGGAUAGCCGACCCAGGUUUAAGGAGUUGGUGACUGAAUUCAGCACAAUGGCCAGGGACCCUGCCCGCUACGUUGUCAUUCAGAAUGACGAGCAAAUGAACCUGGCGAGCCCAGUGGACAGUCAGUUCUUCCGCACGUUGAUGGAGGAGGAGGGCGGGGAUGUCCGCGAGCUGCUUGAUGCUGAGGAAUACCUGGUUCCCCAUCAGCCCAGUUUCUUCCGACAGCAGGGCGAGAACACGGCCAACGGCCCCAGUAGACACCACUCCCAUCGGAGCACAGAUCAGCAGCUGAUGGAAGUGGACGGCAGUGGGCGGAGCAUGCACUCGUCCAAUAGCACGCUGGCGCGGAGCCAGUACCCGACACUGCCAGUGGGUGGCGGCUGGGCAGGGGGGGCGUAUCCCUCGCUCGCCCGCAGCAUCUCGCAUCGCUCCCAAGGGGCGCAGUCGGACUCAGUGUUCCUGGACGGAGGGGUGGGGCCCGAUGACGACGGACCCCCCGCCAGCCCGGGGAGGUACUGCCAGGACCCCACCUUCCCCAAUGGCUUCCCCGAGGGGGAUGGAGAGACGGAUGGGGCGGGGCAGAGCCCAUUCUCAAACACGCUGCCCCGCAGGACACACAAGCAGCCAGAGUAUGUGAACCAAGAAGUGCCGUCGGAGCGUCCGAGCACGCUCCCCAGGAAAGGGGCGGAGCGGCGGCUGCGUAAUGGAAUGUCAACAGGGCACAGCGUGGACAACCCUGAGUACCUAGUGCCACCCGGGAGCCUCUCACCGGCCUUCGACAACCCCUACUACUUGGACCUGGUGGCCAAGGCGCAAGCAGUGGCCGCCGCUAACGACAGGAGUCCGAGCAUGUCCACGGCAACGAUGUCCCCGCCUCACCGGCAGCUCAACGGCUUCAUCACGCCCACCGCUGAAAACCCAGAGUACCUGGGGCUAGCCGACACCUGGAGUGGACAGAAGGAGCACACUUGAGAGGACAAAACACACCUGGGACAGCAGAUGGAGAGAGAGGGAGAGAGGGAUUGGGGGGUCUGGAGGAAAGGGUGGAUCGCUAGAGAGCAAAAAUGCGUAUGCAUGUGUACCUGUAUGCAUGUGUACCGGUAUGCAUGUGUGUGUGUGUGUGUGUGUGUGUGUGUGUGUGUGUGUGUGUGUGUGUGUGUGUGUGUGUGUCAAUGGGACCAGCCUCUAUCUUCCCCUCCCUCCAUGCAGUCACUCCAUAUGUAGCAUUGCGGGGAGACACUAGUGAACUCUUGAUUUUGAUCAUGCAAGCAAUCAUGUCUCAAACAAAACUGUUUACACAAUGUCAGAAAAUGGCCUCCCCUGCCUAAUGCAGAAGAGGCCGAACCGAUCCCAUUUUCUCUCCACAAUCUUGUUUUCCAAAGCAAAUCAGGUACGACACCCAGAAUCAUUUCCUUCACCUGUUGUUAAAUGCAAAAGAACACCAAAAAAGAGUGAAGACAGACUAAGAUAUUUUUCUUCUCUAUUCGUUCAAUGGCACGAAAAGACUUCUUGACUCCGUAGUCUUGUGGAGAAAAGGACCAUCGGAUUUCUGUCUUGACCUCUCAGACCGUCCUGUGGUGGUUUGUUGGGGAGUUUGUGAAUGUUUAACUUAUGUUCUCCCCUGAAGCGAAGGGUAGCAGCACAAUAAUGUCCAUUUUGUCUGGAGGUCCCCUCAAGGCCCAAGGCUCAACACCCCCAU